AUGCGCUUCUACUCAUUCGUGCUUUUAAGUGCAUUCAUCGUCGUCACAGUUGCCCGAGCAGAGUUGGAAUCGAACAAUUCCGGUUCGAUCUUCCCUACUUUGGAUGAUUCGUCAACUGCAAACCAUUCCCAAGUCUCAGACCCGCAGCAACUACGAAUCAACGCGAUCCUUCCGCAUGACGAGAAUCGAGUACGUCCCCUCGGUGCAGCACUGAAGUCACUUUUCGACGUAGACAAGCACCUGUUUUGGCUCUUGCCGCGCAGGAUGAUUCGUUGGGUCAGAAAAGAAAAGCCAGCAGACAAGACGUACCUGUCCCCCCCUAAGGCUGUCGACGCUAUUUUUAUCUACGUGAAACUUGUUUCCGAAAAAUACCCGGAGAAGGGGGAUCUUAGCGCGGCAGGUGACAUGUAUAAAGAGUUAAAGAAACACUUUCACGAUCGACAACUUGCGUCCAUGUUUUACACAGCGGCAGAGGUCCCGGAGUUGGAGACGGCGGCGAAGAACUUGCAAGAUGUCCAGAUCAAUUUCUGGCUGGAGAAAAAUUUAACAAUGAAAAAACUCUACGACUAUCUAGGCGUGAAGCAAAAAUGUCCAAAAGGUCGAGUAGACGGACCUCGAUUGGCGUGGCGAGCAUAUGCCAAGGCGUACAACAACAUUCAUGUGACGUCCCCAGUAAAUAUCCCUAGUGAAGCUAACGUAUAG